AAAUAAUGUUUAUUGAAAGAGGAUUAGGGGUGUGUACAUAUAAUAUAUAUCCAUAUCAGUGAAGGAACAGUGUAAAUUUUGUCAUUGUCAAACGGAGAAAUGGAAUUUUCCAUAAUGUAUUUUGUUCACUAUUUAGUUUACAAAUUUAAGGAAGUUGCUACAAAAACGGACACACAGCAAAUAAUUAAUAGUUCAUGUAAAUGUAUAUAGAAAUUUUGCAUAUUCUAUGUUGUUUUAUCAAAUUUAAUGAUUUCACUGACAAAUAUUUCGUUAAAAAUAUAUAUUUUAAAACACAUGAAAUAUUUUUUAUUAAAAAUUUAAGAACAAUCUUGAAGAACACUUCGUCGUGAAUCAUUUGAUAAUGUUUCCACAGAUGAAUCAGUUUUGUUUUGUAGAAGAAACGUGAAUCACAUCUUUGAUAAAUUUGAGGUAAUAAAUAAGUAAAUCAUGAGUAACAUCAAACUAAACAAGCAUUACAGACAAUUACAUUUUCGAUAUUAAAAUUAUAUAAAAUUCAUUAUUACGUAUAAUAAAUUGCUUCAAUAUUAAAAUAUUUAUAAGAAUAUUAUCAAUUAUCUUUAUGUGAAGAUUAAUUAAUAGAAGAAAAGCAGAUAAAAGGUUUGACUUCGAAUUUUUUUUCUUUACAAUUAAUUUCUUACAUAUUAUAAUUCAAAGAAAAAAAAAAAAAAGAAAAGAAAAAGAAAAAGAAAAAACGAUAUCCAAAAUCGAAUUAGCAGUCAGCAUUUUCUGAAAUUCAAUAUUAAUUCGCAAAUUGUGGAGGAUGUGAUGCCUUACUUGAUAUUUCGAAUGAGAUUUUCGUGCAUAAUCCCUAGGCGUGGACCAUCGGACAAAUUGACGAUCGAGUGUGUUGCGUGCGGGUGGAGAUGACUUUUUUGUCUAUCACCGGUAUGAUUCGUUUCGAUAACCAGUUUCGCCCCACCAGGGUCUGGAUUUACAUACGUGUCGCAGGAGGCUUUUACGUUCGCUUGAUUUUAACACGAAUUGUAGUUUCGCGGCAGGCAUGAACGGUGCGUGCAGCUGAAACUACGAUCCGCUUCUUGUUUUAUCACGGUGCACGUUGUAACUAUUGUCAACGCGCAACCAUAAUUUCCUUUUUUUUUUGUUUUCCUUCUUUUCCUCACCCUUAUCUUUCUUUGUUGUUAAGAAAAAAAGAAGCGCGCAAUAAUCAUUUUAUUUUUUUAACAUUUUUGUUGUGUCUGUGCGAGUUGUUCUUCUCAGUGGCGAACGAUAGACUGAUCGAUAGACUCAAGGAGGGAAAACAAGGGGAUAUUUAAUGCAUUCGUCAGUGAAGUUCAAAGGUGAGGACGAAAAGUCUGAGGAAUCUGGUCCUGCAGAUUUCGAGCGAGCAAUAAUUAAUUCUGGUUAUGGAAGGUUCAAUUAUCUGUUACUAUUGGCCGUGUUGCCAGCCAGUUUCUCCAGCAUAUUCUCCUCGUCGGCUAUAUCGUACGUGUUGCCAUCAGCUGAGUGCGACCUGGGCCUCACCAUGUUCGACAAGGGCCUACUCAACUCGAUGACGUUCGCAGGUAUGAUAUGCACCUCGUUCUUCUGGGGAUUCAUGACUGACACAUUUGGCCGUAAGAAGAUAAUGUUUUACGGUUACAUGUUCACCGGUAUCAUGAGUCUGGUGACAUGUUUCUCGCAUACCGCAUGGCUUUUAAUUCUGUUCAAGUUUUUCGACGGAGUAAUCAUUUCCGGCCCAUACGCAGCGUUGAUGUCCUAUUUGGCGGAAGUACAUAACGAUGCUCAACGAUCUCGAACAUAUAUGUGGUUAGGAGUGUUUUUCUCACUUGGAAAUAUUUCUCUGCCGUGUAUCGCGUGGUUGAUCAUACCGCAGAAAUGGAUCAUUAACCUAGGAAGCGGGGAUAUAGAGAUCAAUUCAUGGCGUGUGUUUUUAGCUAUUUGCUCGUUGCCAGAAUUUCUUGCCUGCAUGGCUAUCUUCGCGUUCCCCGAAAGCCCUCGUUUUCUUUUAUUGAAAGGCAAAACAGAUGAGGCUCUCGAGGUUUUUAAAAAGAUAUACUCCGUGAACACCGGCAAGGAUCCAAACACAUAUCCAAUAAAAGAUCUUGAGGAGGAAUAUUCCGUUGAAUGUUCGAGUGACGAUAUACGGGACAAGUUGCGAGCCUGCUGGCAACAGAUCAAACCCCUCUUUCUGCCACCAAACAUCUUCAAACUUAUCGUGAUAAGUUUAAUUCAACUGGGUGCCACGAUAGGGUCAAACUCGAUUAGAUUAUGGAUGCCACAAUUGUUUACUAUGAUGGAACAUUUCAAAAGUAAUUACACGACACAGGAAUAUUCGAGCUCGCAGCCACGUUUCUGUUAUAUGUUAGGCCAACGGCAAUCGAAUUAUAGUUCCUCGUUAAGUUUCGUGAACGAAACUCUAAGCGUUGCUCACGCAUGCAUACCGGCGGAAUUAAACUCAAAAGUGUUUAUUAAUUCUAUCGUGAUUGCGACUACCGGUGUUGUUGGAUACACUUUGGCAGGAUCACUGAUUACUGUAAUAGGAAAGAAGAAGCUCAUAGCAAGUUGUUUCAUGGUAGCAGCCAGUUGCUGCACGUCACUUUAUUGGGCUGAAAACAGCAAUAGUAUACUCGGUUUGUGCUCGGUAUUCGUAGCUAUGUCGAGUAUAGGCGGUGCUUGCGUAGUAAACAUUGUUGCUGAUAAUUUUCCUACAUGUUUAAGAACUAUGGCAAUUAGUUUCUCCAUGAUGAUCGGCAGAAUAGGAGCUGUUACAGGCAAUUUAUUGUUCCCGGUGUUAUUCAACUUAACUUGUCUGGGUCCUUUCUUUAUGAUUGCCUCUGUUUCUCUAGUUUCGGCAUUGUUGGUAAUUAUUCUUCCCAAGAAGCAUUCGCAAAAGAAUAAAUCAAAGCAGAUUGCUUGACGACAAUACGAAUGGAUAAAAUAUAAUCAGCUAAUAAUAGCUGAAAAUACGGUUUGUAAAUAUAUAUCUUGUCCUUGAUUGAAUGUAUAAUUUCAAUGCAUGAUUUUUCAUCAUGUAAAUAUGUAAAUACAUUACUAUUACAUUCAUGUAGCAUAAGAUAUCUUCAUCAUAUUAUAAGUAAUUCAAAUAAUUUGCAAAUCGAAUGCACGAUUUAAGUGAGAUUUUUAAAAUAAGUUUCGUGGUUGUAUAGCAUGAAAUAAUUUUAAAAUAAUUCUCGUCAUUUUUAACGAUUUGUCAGUCUGUGAAUUAGAUCAUAAUUGCAAUGUUUUUCUAAAACAAUUUAAUAAAAAGAAACAUUAUUGUUAUAUAAUAAAAAUAUAUUUUCUUAUUGUUUUAGAAA